UUUUGUGUGAAAAUUUUUUGUGAACAUGCCCCUUAUUCGUGCAAAUUUCCUCCUGAAUUUAUUGACCAUUAUCCAGGAGAAAGAACUUGACGAUCUUGAGGAUGUCUGUCUGGAGAUCUCACUCGGAAACUUCUUACAUAUUCAUUUUCCCCUAAAAGAAUAUCUAUGCGAUGAAAGUGAAACCUGUGAGGGGAGAAAGUGUCUAUUUUAUCUCCCGGAAAAUAAUUCUCAGGAUAUUCAACUGACCAUUAAUCUUCAGAAGACAUAUGAUUGUCAUGAAGAGUCUCUCGCUUGCUACACGACAGAUUUUACAUCAAUCCUUGAAAAGAUCUUAAAUAAUCACAAAGAAAAAUCUACCUGUGAGACCUGUGCGAAUUUCCCAGGAUCCACAAAAUCAUGCUCUUCGUCAGAUUUCCCCUUUGAGAGAAAAAUCUGCUCAUGCAGUGAAGUUAUCAUGAGACUAAUUCCUUUAUUUGGUUGUGGACAACGUUCCCUAGGAUUUCUAGCAAUAACUAUGACCUUUACAUCCUUGGGAUUGACCUUAGUGGAAAACUUCACUGCCAAACCCCAUGAAGGUUACACAGAAUGUUCAGAAUGCGGAGAACAAAGUCCAGAAUCAACCAUUUGUGAUUGUUUUGAAGAAUCUUGUCAGGGUUCAUGUGACUGUACAGCAACAAUGCUUUCUCCAAAAAUGCUAAUCAUACAAGAAGGUUCUCAUGGUAAAGUUUGGAAAGUACCUUGUGCCUGUCCAACUGAAACAAGGGGGCUGAGAAAAAUUCCUAACUAUAAAGGACUCCCCAAGAUCAAAGGUAAUGCUAAGUACCCUGAUUACUUAGUAAAUGAAAUUCAGGAAGAAAUUUUAAACAAUAAAAAACCACUGAAUAAGGUGAGGACUCAAAUCCCGGAUGAAGUGUUUGUGGAGAUUCAAAGAGGACCACACUGUUCUAUGAGAUCUUGUCAGUCGUUCGAAUUUGCUUGGGAGCUACCAGAACUCCCUUGUAAAAAGAUUCGAACCACUGAGACGCAGGUAGAGGAAGAAUAUCUCAUGGAAAAGGAAGACUCACCAAACACAACGAACGUGCUAAAAAGUGUCAAAGAUCAAGAUAUCAAGAAAGGAGGGACAAAAAAGAAAAGGCGCGAGAAAACUGGGCGAAAAGCGCGUAAGCAGAAAAUGUAAUUCGAAUUUAAUUUAAACCUUGUGUUUAGAAAUGCGGAACGAUCAUCGCAAAUUUAGUGUGUCCAAAAAAAAUCACAAGCCACACGAAUGAACAAAUAAGGUGAAA